AACCCGCAGACGUGGCCCUGCGUGACUUCCGUCCCACCGCCACGCCCCCCAGCCAAUCACGACGGGGGAGGGGCCGCUGGACCCGCCUCUCCUCGUCGCUGGUAGUGCGCAGCUCGCGCCUGCGGAACUGCGGAUCCCGGUUCUGAAUGGGCUUGGGUCUGUUUCCAUUGAAUGACCGGGAAGGCUGUCGGUGCACAACGUUCCUGCAAAACCGCUUCCAGGGAAAGGGACCUUCCGGAAAUUUCUUUGGACGCCGCUGAAAUUAAGAAACCUAGUGCCCCUGGGCUUUUCCGGUUUUCCUGGCAGGUGGAUUUGGAGGCAGCAUGUCCGCUUCAAUGAAAGAAUGCCUGCAGCUUCAGCUGCUAGAGAUGGAAAUGCUGUUCUCUAUGUUUCCUAACCAAGGAGAAGUAAAACUCGAAGAUGUAAAUGUCCUGACGAAUAUAAAGAGAUAUUUGGAAGGAAAAAGGGAGGCACUGCCACCCAAAAUCGAAUUUGUGAUUACACUCCAGAUUGAGGAGCCCAAGGUGAAAAUUGAUUUGCAAGUAACCAUGCCUCACAGCUACCCCUAUGUAGCAUUGCAGCUGUUUGGACGGUCUCCUGAGCUUGACAGACAACAGCAACUACUUCUCAACAAAGGUCUCACUUCUUACAUAGGGACUUUUGAUCCAGGUGAGCUCUGUGUAUGUGCAGCAAUCCAGUGGUUACAGGACAACAGUGCCUCCUAUUUUCUGAACAGAAAGCUCGUUUAUGAACCGUCUACACAAGCAAAGCCAGUCAAGAACACAUUCCUCCGGAUGUGGAUCUACAGUCACCACAUAUAUCAGCAGGACCUAAGAAAAAAGAUUUUGGAUGUUGGGAAAAGGUUAGAUGUGACUGGGUUUUGCAUGACAGGAAAGCCAGGUAUAAUCUGUGUGGAGGGCUUCAAGGAGCACUGUGAGGAAUUCUGGCACACAAUUAGGUAUCCCAACUGGAAACACAUUUCUUGUAAGCAUGCUGAAAGUGUGGAAACGGAAGGAAAUGGAGAGGAUCUGCGCCUUUUCCAUUCUUUUGAAGAAUUACUCCUUGAGGCCCAUGGUGACUAUGGAUUAAGGAAUGACUAUCACAUGAAUCUGGGCCAAUUCUUAGAAUUUCUGAAAAAACACAAAAGUGAGCAUGUUUUCCAGAUACUAUUUGGUAUUGAAAGUAAAAGUUCAGACUCCUAGGACGCCAUUAAGUGGCCUAUGUGUGUAAUUUCAUCACUUUAAGUCAGUAUUUUCUGUUAAUAAGACCAAAAUAAAAGGGCCAGUGGCUGUUUAGUAUCAUCUGUGAGACACCUAGCUCCAGACUUUUUACCUGGUAAUGAAACACAAAGGCCUUUUACCUUUUCACAGUGCAAAUGUGAUGUUAUCUCUAUGUUCUUAUGUUAACUGAAAACUAUUUAAUUGCAAGUUAAUAAAAACACUUUAACUAAUGAAGCUGAUGAUUAAAGAGGAGUCCAAAGCCCAUAAUUAGUAUCAGUAGUCAUGUUACAGCUCUGAACCCAUAAAUAACAUUUUUGUCUUUCAUGAUACCAGCACACGAUGACAUACCACAUUUUCUUUUGUUAUUGGAAGAGUGAAUUCUAAGGUUCAAAGCGAAAACAAAGGGCACGUGUUUACUACAUUUCUUACUUUAAGUUAAACCGCCUAUUUGUAGUUUUUUCUUUUAGCAGAACUAGGUCCUAAAUGUAAUGGCAGAGGAAUCAGAGAAAUGAAGUCUCAAGGGAAAUGAAGAUGACACAUGAUGCUAUGUAUUCUUUGGCUGUUUUCACCAGCUGAUUUAUGAUACUAAGGAAAAGGAUACCAACAUUCUUAGUUCUUCCCGACAAAAAAAGAUACGGUUUCUUGGCCAGAAAAAUGUUCCACAACCAAUGGGUACUGGCACCCUUUGCCUGUGUGCCAGUAUACACUGCUUUGUAGGGCAGGAGUGUUGGGGAGGAGUCGUACAGAUGGCUCUGUACUGUCACCUUGGGGGAAAGAUCCAAGCUCUGCAUUUUGGUGAGAAGUCACUGCCAUCUCAUCUGAAAAUUCCCAGCUUCACCAGCCUUUGUAAAAAUGUGACUUUUUUAAUGACAGUAACCCCUAUUUAUGCAGCACUUGCCACGCUGUUUCACUGCAAAGGAUUUACCCUACCCAAGAAUUUCUGGGAGUCUCACCUGUGUCAAGAGAUGUCCUGAGCUGAGACUCUGCAAAUUUCUUUGGCUUCCAUGGUCUCUCUUUAGCUACUACUGCCCUUUCUCAGGGACCAUUUCAUUCUCCUGCUGGUCUCAGGCACCCCACUGAUGUCCUGGCCCCUCAGGAUGCUAAAGGUGGCAUGCCGAGAUUUAGUAACGUGGAGGGGAAUGAAUGCCUCACUCCCGUUUUGUGAUACAUUCUCUUAGAUGCCAAACAUAGCUGCAUGUGCCAGGGAGCUUACAAAAUUUUUGAUGGAAUAGUACAUUCUGGUUUUACUUUCUGUGUCUAGCAUGCAGACACACGUCCUUGAACUGGGGCAAGGAUAUAAUGGAACAGCAGACCCUGCACUAAGCUUACUCCCUUGACCUUGAGGCCUUGAAACUGGGCCCACUCUGCCCUGCCUACACUCUUAGCUCAGAAUGAGUUUCUUUUCAGGGCACAACUCAGACCUUCAAACCAAGGCUCUCGUCUGUCUUUGCCAGAUGAUCCAGCUUGCCCAUUCAUGUUUUAAACCUAGCCUUGGAUGUGGGUGGGACCCAAGCAAGAGCCUUACACUUUACCUAUAUACAAAGGGAAAAAAUAGGACUUACAUUCCCAAAGGCUCAUUUCUCAAUCUUUAUCAGGACUGAAAACAACAUGCAUCCCAUAUAAUCUCCCCAAGACUGUCAAUAAAGUAUAAUUAGUAUUUAGAAGUUCUUAGGCCCUAAGCAGAUGUGACUCUAUUAACUUUUUUUCCCACAUUAGGUGCCUUCCACCUAAUCUAUGCCUAAACCUCUCAUCAAUGGUUUUUUUCUAUGAUUACAUUAGAAAUAGUGAUGGAAAGAUAAAGAAGCUUAAAGAACUACAAUAUGGAACAAAAAAUAGAUUAUUCAUAUAAUUCAAUAAACAAAAGGAGUAACUUUUAUGAACUCUUUACUGCUUCUGGAGCUAUUUCUGGUGAUAAUUUUUUCAGAAACUAUUUUUACAUGCUCAGUAUUAGCAUGUAGCAAUACUUUUUCCUAUCAGGAACACUAACAAUAGACAUUAAUUACAGAAAAAGUGUGUUUUAUAAAAAUAUAUGUAUAUAUAUAUAUAUAUAUAUGAUAAUUCAAAGCUCAGUUUUGUAUGUAUAGUAGACUGCUAGUUUUCUUUGCUCAACGUGAUAGAAACACAGACCACCCUCCUCCCCCAGCACCUCUCCCACAUACAGCCCCCACUCCCCAGCACACAUACAACACUUACUCCGAGGAACUGCCCUUUCUCUAUGUUUUGGGAGAAGUGACUGGACUCAAGUCACCCUCUGGCAGCCUUCCAGAGAGAUGGUUUUGAGCUCUUGCUGCUUAAAUCCAUAGUGCCACUUUCAUUUCUGGCCUACCAAAUGCUCAGUUGUUCAACAUCUGCCUUUUUUUUCCUUGAAAGUCACAUAAUCAGUCUCUAUUGCUUGGAAUUUAAGAAUCCUGAUACUAUAUACAUUACAUUUUUUUAACGGUUAUCUGAAAAGAAUGGUCUUUCUAAAUAUUGCAGUGUCUUUUUAAAACUUACUGGAUUAAAUCAGCCUUUCUUCAA